AGAAAGGAUAUUUCAAGCUGCUGCGUUGUCCGGUCUAUUUUCAAUCAGACAGGCAGUCGGUGGGGUCACGUCUGAUUAGAAUUUUUAACUUUUUGGUACUCAGUUUCCAUAUUAAAGGAUUAUUGCACAAGUGACCAAAUAAAGGGACGUGUACUUUUCCCUAUGAGUAAUCAUUACUGUAUUUAUUGGGACGCGUCCACGAGUUUCCACAACUUUGGACAACUAGACUAUCUUCAAUAUUGUACAGCAGCCUUUAAAAAAUUACCUUUGAAUUUUUUUUGUUUAUAGAAAGUUGUUUCGGUUUUCAGCCAAAACCCUUCGGUUUAGAAAACAUCUACUCGUUGCGCAAUUCAAGACGCAAGGAAAAUCCCAGGAUAGAAGUCGCUACCACACAGCGGGAAUAAGGAACAAAGACAUCUGUACCAACAGUAGACACCGGUGUUACCGCCACACUUCAAAGAAAAAUAAGCAAUUGAAUUUGACAAGGACUUCUGCUUUGGAUAGGUGAACAUGCAUCCUGCGCAAGAACCAUCAGUUCUCAUUUGAAAUAUUAUUUUGAUGUAGACAUAAAUUUGCACAUGCAGCAUAACUGUAAUUAAGUUAUAAGGACUACGGUGAACCAUUAUCCCCUUUAGAAGGAAGAAAAAACUUCUGAAGCCAUCCAACCUCUGGUUUUACUCUACACGGCGUGGGUUUUGCUACGUUUACUGCACAUUUCGAGUUUAUUGACAAGCAAAGCACUACACUCGAACCUGGAGUUACUAUACCAUUGUUCGGUUUUGAAGAACGGACCCCUUUGUCUUCCACGGCCAAGAUGAGCGGAAACAUACGCUCUGCUGCCCCCGCACCUACCCGCCCCCUGCGCCUGAAAAGGCUUGAGCUGGACGACCCUCAGGACGAGACGGAGGCCUUGAAGUGCAAGCGUCCCCGGCUUAGUGUGCCACCGUCGUCCCCUGGCCUGGCCCCCUGCCUCAGACCCCUGAGCCACAGUCCUGGUCACGGGGGCUCCGACCAGCACUGUGUGUCCUGCAUUGGUCCCUACGCCCUGCUGGAACCAACAGAGGGAACAGAGACCUACAGGGCCAUCAACAGGAUAACAGAACAGGAGUACACUUGCAAGGUGUUCUGUAUGAGACGCUACCGGGAGCUCAUCGCCCCCUACGUGCGCCUGCUGCCCCAUGACAACAUCUGCCGCGUGGCAGAGGUGGUGACGGGCGAGCACAACGUCUACGUGUUCUUCCAGCGCAACUACGGCGACAUGCACUCGUACGUGCGCACGUGCAAACGGCUCAAGGAGGAGGAGUCAGUGCACCUCUUCAGCCAGAUGGCAGCAGCAGUGGCGCACUGUCACCAGCACGGUGUUGUCCUGCGGGACCUCAAGCUGCGCAAGUUCGUCUUCACGGACCCGCAGAGGACCAAGCUUGUUCUUCAGAACCUGGAAGACUCUUGUCUGCUCCACGGGGAUGACGACUCUCUGACGGACAAGCACGGUUGCCCCGCCUAUGUGGGCCCGGAGAUCCUCAACUCGCGCCACUCAUAUUCAGGGAAGGCUGCUGACGUGUGGAGCCUGGGCGUGGUUCUGUACACCAUGCUGGUGGGACGCUAUCCGUUUCAGGAUGUGGAACCUGCGGCGCUCUUUAGUAAGAUCCGCCGGGGGGCUUUCACGGUGCCAGAGUCGCUCUCGGUGCGGGCCAAGUCAUUGGUGCGCUGCAUGCUGCGUAAAGCGCCCUCAGAGAGACUGGAGGCCUCAGAGCUGCUUCUCCACCCAUGGUUGAACUGUUCCAACCACACAACACCUCCCAAUAUGCACCUCAACUCCAGGAACUGCACUGAUCAGGUGGUCCCCAGCUACACAGAAGACGAUGAGGGUACAGGCUGUUUCUAGGAGGAAAAUCAAUGAAAAUUUCCUUCUGUCCAUUGUCUACUAUGUCCCUCUGACACAAGUUUCGCAGUAUAAUCUCUGUACAAGGUAUACUGAUAAUGCAAGGGUUUUUCCCUACCUACCUGAAAUGUUUGGUGACACUUAAGAAACAUAACGUAGUUAUAAGGCAUUGCAAAUGGCUUAAGUUAACCUCAUAUUCUAGUGUCUGAAUGCAGGAGUUCGGUAUUUUAUUCUGCUCUGCUGUUAGACUUUAGUAUGGAUAGAUGUUGAAGUUUUGAUUUAAAGAAGUUAUGAUCGUGUUAUCCAGGGCUCUUAAUCUAAAGAUUUACCAAAUGUAUUAUUUCGCUCUGUAUCAUGAAGCAUGUGUGUAGGUAGUGAUGUUGCAGUUACACAGAGCAGUAACGACUGGAUCUUCUGGCUGUGGGCGCCUCUUUUGAGUUGGGCUCACACACCCUGCAGAGUAACAUUAAGGAAGGUGCUUUUCAAAAGCUACUAUUUUGCUUUAAGUAAUGGAAUAAUUUUUUGUUUUACUCGGUGGGAAGAGCAGGUGGAAACAGCCCUCAGAUACCCUGCCCCAUUAUAGAAGCAGUCUGUUCCACAGUAUUGCCCUUUGCAAAAGCAGUAAAUUGACCAGUUUUGAGAUUCUGAACAAAUCUGUUGGGAUUUGGGAACACUAAAUUGAAGAUGUAUGUCUGAAAGGACUGAUACCUGACACUUCUGAACUUGACAAAAUCCUGGAAUACUUGAUGCACAGUUUGUGCCUUUGUUUGUUUGUACUUUUGUUUACAUAUGUAUUUUAAAGUGACAUUUGGAUCGUAACCAACCAUUAAAGUGCCUUGUUUUCAACAGUUUAUGUUGAGUAGUCCUCCUCCCCUCUUAUAGCAUAUCCCUAUCAGAAUUUCACCAAGCUUUGCUUUACCAAAGACGUAAGCUACCCUCAAUCAUCACUUAGUGUGCCAAGUCAGGUUUAGUGAUGUGUGAUUCAGUUAUUGUUCAACUCUGUCACAGGGUUUGUUUUCUGAAGAACAUGUAAUGUCAGUCAGCAUGAAGACAUUGUCUAGAUCCCCAGACAAGUGUAGUCAUCAUGACUUCAGGCGUGAGUUCAUGUCUGUAGAAGAAUAUUGUGCAGUGGGUUCAGUCCUGAAGGAUACAGUGCUGUAGUGUACUGUAAAAAAAAUCUUAAUUGCCCAUAUAAUGGUGUAUCCGUUGGCCUGAGGAAACAAGGGCACCACAUACAUUAGGGAAUGAUGUUAGUUGUGACGAUGCCUGCAUGCAGUUUGCUGACCCUGAAUACAUCUCAGAACCCACUAUGUUCUUCACUUUGCCAUAGCUCUUAUUGUAAUCUUUGUAAAUAAUGUUUUUCUUUUGUUAUUUUCGAUAAUGCAAAGAAAGUACACUACAUUUGUUGUUCUUUUGUUGGAGGGUUGGUGGAUGUACUUUUGUAAACAAGUAUUUUUGUUGUUGCCAGUAAAAAAAUUAAACCCGUCCAGCUGUUU